GGGCUGUCUCUCUCUUUCUCUCUCUCUCUCUCUCUCUCUCUCUCUCUCUCUCUCUCUUUCACACACACAUCGACACCCAAUCUCUGAAAACACAAUUACACGCCAAAGCUGAAGGUCGCGGUAGAUACCAUGCAGUCACAUGUAACGAGUUUACUUGCGACAGAUGAACACAGGAGCCGUCGCUCUUCUUCGUGCUCUUGGAGGGGGUUUUGCGCCCCGUGUGUCAUUUAGGUGAGUCACGGAAAAAUCAGGAAUGCUUCUUCCGGUCCUAAAGAGUGGAAAAAACGAGCGCAAGUCCAAGUGGUUUCUGUAAUUGUCAACAAGGUCUCAUAUCCCUACGUGUGCUUCCACUGCCUGCCCCACAUCCGUAUUUGGUCUUACGUCAAGACAAGUGAAAAAUCUCCGUUUCAACAGCUGGACCUCUUCCAUUUCUCCUCAAGGACAAAGAGUUAGUCAUCCCCAUCACAUUCAAGAUUCUGCCAUAAGCGACGAGCCAGCGGUGUGAUCUGCAAUUGGCUUUCUCUAGGCAUAAAUACCAACCAUUAUCGCCAAACGAACCUACAACUGGCGCUCCCUCAGUGAGGGAGGGAAGGGAAGCAAGGCGGUUUAUCACUGUGCCGUUCCCCACAGAGAUGAAGCUGCAGGCCGUCAUGGAGAACCUGCACAGGCAGCAAAGGGCCAAACUUUUGAUGGAGCAGCAGCUUCAGCAGCAAGCAGCCAUCCAGCACUCUCAUGUCCACCCAAGCGGAGUAGCAGGGGACGACUCGAAAACCAGCCCGGCCCCCGAGACCGAGCAAGCCCAGUUGGUGGCCCUGGCAGCCAUGCGCGCGGCGGCGGCCGGGUUACAGAGAGUGUCUGACGGCUGCAUUUCGGACAACCGCAUGUCGGAGCGCAGCAGCGGCAGUGAGGAGGAAGCUGACGACGAUGACAACGAGGGAGAAGAACAAUACAAAGAUAUUAUGGGGUCUGAUGAGGAGGAGCAAAUCAAACAAAAGUGGGAUGAGGAGGACUUUGAAGGCGAGAUGGAAGAAGACUUUGAUGACGACUUAGCGGAGGAGGGUCUGCCCACAGGCCACAAUGCGCUUGUGCCUGGGAAGGGUAUCCUGCUGCUUCCCCACCGCCAGCUUCACCCUCACUCCCAGCUACUGAAGGCUCGGCCCAGUGUUGACCAGGAGCCCCGUAUUGCCAUCUUGCCUCCCCACACCGCGCACGUCCAUCUUGGCCAAGACCAUGGGGAAUGGACCUACGAGGAACAGUUCAGACAGCUGUAUGAACUAGACGGAGACCCAAAAAGGAAAGAGUUUCUGGAUGACCUUUUCAGUUUCAUGCAGAAAAGAGGAACCCCUGUGAAUCGUAUUCCCAUCAUGGCCAAGCAGGUCCUGGAUCUGUACAUGCUCUACAGGCUGGUGACGGAGAAGGGCGGCCUGGUGGAGGUCAUCAACAAAAAACUGUGGAGGGAGAUCACCAAGGGACUCAAUCUGCCUACCUCAAUCACCAGUGCAGCCUUCACUCUCCGCACACAAUACAUGAAGUACCUGUACCCAUAUGAAUGUGACAAGAGGGGUCUGAGCAACCCCAACGAACUCCAGGCUGCCAUCGACAGCAAUCGCCGGGAAGGCAGACGACAGAGCUUCGGUGGCUCCCUCUUCACUUACUCCCCCAACGGGACACCCACCAUGCUGUCUUCGCCAAAGCUGUCCACGCCCACUAUGGGUUUGACCGUAGGCACCAACGGGGCCUCGCUAACCCCCAUCCAGAAGAUCAAGAAAGAAGAAGAGGGCGGACAGCCUUUUCAUGGAGUCGGUGUGCCUCGCAUGCCAGUGGGAGCCUUAGCGGGUCAGUCAGUGGCCGCCGUACAGGCGGCAGCAGCCCAGGCGGCAAUGGCGGCGCAGGUUGCGGCUUUGGAACAGCUGAGGGACAAACUGGAGGCCGGUGAGCCACCAGAGAAGAAAAUGGCACUGCCGGCAGAGGAGCACCAUCGACUGCUGCAGAGAGCGCUGCAACACAACUUGCUGGCCAUGACAGCUCAGAUACCCAUGAAUAUCCGCAUCAACCAACAAGAUGGCAGGCAGGACUCUGCCAUGAACCUCACCACCAACGGGACAAACAGCAUAAGCAUGUCAGUAGAGCUUAACGGAGUCAUGUACACUGGUGUCCUUUUUGCUCAGGCAGCAGCCGGGUCAGCCCCGUCGGGCGCGUCCCUCUCCAGCAAGCCUGUCGGCAGCCGUGUCUCUCCUCAUCACCUGCAGCAGCAGACCACACCUACCUCAACCUCCAGCAACCCAGUGUCUUAACAAAGCCUCAGCUUUUCCCCUUCCUUUUUUUUUUCAUACUUUGCUACGUAAAGCCAAAAAAAAAAAAAUAACCCAACAACCUCAUUUUGUAUAAUAGUCGAUGCCAAAAAGAGAAUGCAUACACACAAGACGCAAACCAACUCGAUCCCUUGAAAUACACUCUCAGGUUCCGUCAUCAACUCACCUCUUUUGUUCUUCAUGGCCACAAUAAUUUUGGGGGAAAAUACACCAAAAAAAAAAAAAGAGAGCCAGUAUAUGUUAAACAAAAAUGUAUGUGCAACCUGUGAAUUAUUUAUUUCUACAUACAAAUACAGCUUAUGGAAGAACAAAGGAGACAGGACAGGAAGGGGUAAUGCACUGUUUACACUCUCAAACACAACAACUGACUGACAGUAAUGUUUUAUCCUCGAGGGGAGGGAUUCUUUUUAUUUGACCUUUUACUCGUUGUUUAUCAUUAUUUUCAAGCAUUAUAGUGUUUUAUCAUUUAAAUCUUUAUCAAUCCUCUAGCUGCAGGAGAACAUUUAUAUAUUUAGAAUCUAUUGAAAGAAAAGAGUACAAGAUAUCUUCUAUUUUUAAUCAGAAAAGCUUUAAAAGUCUAUGUUUCUUUCAGGGUGCAAAGCAGUGCACCUUUGUGACCUACUUGUGUGCAAAACCUGAAACGUUAUUCCCACGGCAGCCGUUGUAGAGCAGUCUUUAGUAAUAUAUUUGGUCGCUACGCCGGCGACCAGACGAGGUGAUAGCUCGACAUCCCUGCUGAAUUCAUACUUUGUCUUCUUUUUCCCUGUCCCAAGGCCACCAGCCAACUUCAAAUGAAGCCCUCAUGUGUCCGCAUACUUGUUUGCAAUCUUUUUCUUGAGCUCUGCAGAAAGACAAUUUUCCAUCUUUAAUUUCCUGUUUUUAGCUUGCUUUUCUUGUGAUCGUCUUAACGUCAAAUGCAUGCCCGUAUUUGUGGAUGAAGCCUGAAGGAACAGGGAUUUCCUUUCAGGAAUGCACAGUACCCGUCAGUCCACUUAGUUCUUGUUGUCGACAAGAUGCUCACGUGGACAAAUCAGGUGUAAGGGGGCACUUGCUGUGUCUCAAGAGGACGUGAUGUGGUUCAACUUAUGUCUGGCGCUUUCUUAUGUUUUUGUG